UCGCAGAAUGGAGUGGUGUUGUUGAAGAAAGAACGGCAAAAGUGAAAAUAAGUCCCGUAAUAAUGCAAGCCUCGUAAGGCCCUUCCGUACGCAGCUAGAUACUAGUACAAAUGUGGCAAAACUAUAGUUUCGCGUUGGAAAUUUGCGAUUCCGGAGUAUGAGACGCGGAUAUAUUUACAAGGUGUCAGCUUAAAUGUACAGGAAUACACUAAUCCUAAUAGUGCAGCGAAGAUGUUUACGAAAAAGUCCAACAUUGAUCUAAAAAAGUCGACAGCAAAAAUUCAAGACAGCAAGAAGGAUUCCACGGCACGAUUGCGACAUUUGAAAACGAUUUUAGAACACGUGGACAGUGAGGAGGCCAAAAAUCUGUUCGAAGCGAACUACAGCCAUGUCUAUUACAUUCUGUACGAUACCUUCGUACAAGCGGAAACUAAUCUACGCCAACGAGAACAAUCAUUCCACAUCGCAUGCCCCGGUUUGCUUCAAUCCUCUCUACUGAUUGCAGUCAACGUCCACAAAACGCACCGCGAGGAACUGGAUGGAUCUUUGUGGUUGUUAAGCAAGAUCCUGUGCCUGCUGCCGGAGCUGAUCGCUCGCCGUUGGCAGGUUCACUCGCUCGGGCGAAUUCUAGCCAAGCUGCUGCACUAUGGCAACAGUGUCAAACUGCGCAAGGAGGGCGUCCGGUACUUUAUGCUGUGGUACCAGGCACUGGGUGACAAUGCGCCCCCGUUCGUGCACGGUAUGUUCACCGAGUUGGUCCCCGGACUGACGGUGCCUCAGAAGGGCAAGGUGGGUCCCCUAUCGUCGGAGUCGGAAUUUAUCGCAACGGACGUCCUCAAUCAUCCAAACAUGAAGGGAGAACUAGGCGGAUCAGUUUUUCAUGACACUGGAGCGCAUCCAGUAAAGUCGCCAGAGAUUCAACCGCUGAUUCCACCCGGUUCAAACGAGAGAACAGCCGCGCCUGACCCGCGCGAUGGAUUGGAGAUCCUGCUGGACAGUAUGGUUCAGUCGAGUGGUUGUCUUAAGUGGAGAGACAAUUCGCCACAAAAACACAUCAAAACGUUAAACUUUCUCCUCAGCAAGUUUCGCGAACAGUAUCUGCCAGUCUUCUGCCCUAGCUUCGAUUAUUCCACAUCGAUUUACGAACCCAAAUUGGAUUUACCUGCGAUGAGAAACAUUUCCAAGCGUGAAGAAGUGAUGAGCUCUUGUGUUGUAGUCCUGGUGAUCUGGAUAGCGAAAUACACCCACGAAAGGCAUGUCAGUGCCAAACUGGAUAACGUUCAAAUCGACGAGGAAGGCAUCGGUGAAAAUGCAUCGCUUCUGUCAAAUCUGCGGCACAUGGGUUACACCCAAACACAGCUGAUGCGAGAUGUUCUGUAUUCAAGCCGAGAAACGAUAAACUUUGUCCACGAGAUCUACCGCCAGGCGUUCUUGAUGUCGUUCACAUCGAAAAGUCAAAUUGAAGCGAUGCGCAUCGCCAUAUCCGUCUAUCGGGACUGGAUGAGUACAAUUCCACCGCCACCGUUUCUGCUGGAACCGGACUCUAGUGAAGCUUCCUUGAACAGCAGCUCCGGUGAAUUGCAUCAGGGGGGACGUCCGAGCAGUCAGCGACUGCGAACGGACUCCUAUCUGGGAGCGAUUAGCAAGGAGAACAUUAUGAUACGAGCUGGACUGCAGAAUGUUCUGCAGGUGUUUGUGACGAACGCAGUGAACGUGUUUAUGGUCAACACGGCACACCUAAACAUACAUUUUCAAUCGAAGACCAACAGCGAUGGGUUCGCCACUCCGCUGGACGAACAAACGGACAUCUGCAAGCGGGUGCUGAACAUUUAUCGAACGAUGGUGAUGAAAACACGUAUGGAAGGCCGCACCUGGGAGCAGUUGCUCUUGGUUUUACUACAGGUAACAUCUGUAAUCCUCCAGAAUUCCCCUCCGAAUGCAAAGAAAAACAACCUGGGUGGUCGGUUGGCUCAGCCGAUAUUUCAAACGCUGAUCGUCACCUGGAUAAGGGCCCACACGAACGUGAAUGUGAACCCCGGACUGUGGGAUAAAUUCCUCAAGGUGUUAUCCUCGUUGACGCACCGAGAAGAGCUGAUAGUCGAGUGGGACAAAACGAUGCAAACCCUGACGCGAGUACUAGCUAGACAAGUCUAUAAUAUCAAUCUGUCGGACUUGCCGCUGGAUCGGCUGGCGGAACAGAAGGGCAAGAGGAAACGCGGGACACCUUCGAACUGGACGCAAAGUUCGAAUGCGACGCAGUGCGAAAAACCGGACGGUUCGGUGGCACAGUGCAAUAGCAACGGGAAGAAUUCGGUGGAGGAUGCCGGUGGGGAGGAAAACAGAAUGCCCGGUCACGGGCAUGUGAUUAGAAGCAUUCCAGGUACUCCCUCACUAAACAGAAGCUACAGCGAAGGCAGUUUGGCCCCUUUCCGGAAGGCUCGAACUCGACGAAGAGUUCGGAACAAACAUCACUCACAGACCCAGCAGCAUGUAGCGUCGCUACCGAUGACCGUGGAACAUUCGUUGAAUCGAAUGUUAUCCAACACAUCCGGUGGGGGAUUGAGUAUUAGCAACGAGAACUUGGAGCUAUCCAGGUUUUCCCAGUGUGAAGAAUCAUUGAUGAUGGGACCGCCGACGAUUCGAAGAGCCUUAUCGUUGGACUCUAUACGGCCUCCGCCUAGCAAAGGUCGAAGUGCGGGAAAUGAUAGUGACAGUUAUAGGGGAGGAUCGAGAAGUCCCUCGCCUACAGCUUCCAGCGGAAUUGAAAGCGGUUCGAUUAAAGAUUCUCCCAUGCAAAUAGACGUUUUGACUGCUGACAGCUCAAGCAUUGAUACACAGGAUGAAAAUAGUGCUGUAUCAGCUGACAGAAGAUCCAUUCUAUCGGGUGGAACGGCACGGGGAUGGUUACCCGACGUGGCAGCAGUUAUGUGGAGACGAAUGUUGGGCGCUCUUGGCGAUGUAAACAAAAUUUUGAAUCCCAAAUUGCACGCACAAGUUUUUCAGUAUCUCGUGAGUAUAACGGAAAGUUUAAUCAAGAUUCGAAUGAACCAAGGAAUUUCACUGGAUGGCCAGCCGGUUCCAGCACCUUCGGUGCUAGUACCUCCGAUUGCACUUGUUGCGCCCUGGUGUUACGGCGCCCUAACGCUAGAUGGCCAAUACAACCAGGGAAAGUUGUACGCUAUGCAAUUGCUCUGUACGAUAGUGAAAGCGGGUGCAUCGCUAGGAAACAAUCAACUUCCAUUGUUCUAUCAUGCUCUUCAUCAGGCACUUUCUGGGGAAGACCGCGCAAUGGCGUACACCGCUUUGAGGUACCUAGGUGGGCCGAGAUUUCUCAGUUUGUUACUGCCCGGUCAUACUUUGCUGUUGUUGGAUCUUGUGCAUGCAUCUACGAUCGUGUUAACUUCCUCUGAAACCGGACCGCACGCCCCCAGGUCUCAAGUGGCAGGACUGUUGGGUUCCUUACUGUGCUUUCCCAAAACAUCGCUUCCCGGACCAGUUCUGCAGCCUUCGGAACCGAACAUUGAUCUAAUGGAAUGUCCAGAUCUUCAGGAACAUGUACUGAACAUCGUACUCCGGUGUGCACGUCGAGAACCUACGGCAAAAGCAAGAUCGAUUGCAAUAGCCUCCCUAGGCCAAUGGAUUCUUCAGAAUCUCACCAAUCCGUCCGCGUUCCAAACAUCGCCCGGGCCGGAAGCGACCACCUUCAAGCAACGUAUUCCUCAGCAUCAUUCCAGCUCAACUUCAACUGCGUCUCGUGGUGAGGAACUUACCGUCAAUCCACGCAUUCGAGAAGCCUUCCAGGUGCUGCUACAAGCACUCCAAUUCAAGCAUCGUAUUAUCGCCCGGCUGGCCUCGGAAACACUUAAACUGUGCGCUGAACAGGGUAAACGCAUCGAACGAAUCGAUCGUUUACCGCAAAUUAUCAUCGACACGAUUUGUCUUUCGCUGGAAAUCCAGAACGUACCCCAUCCGAAGGAAUCCGAUAAGACCGUACUAACUUCUCUACUGCUGACGCUGGGGGAAUUCUGUAUGUCCUUUUCCGUGCAAACGCUCCAACGGCCUAAAAGCUCCGAAUCGGACGAAUCCCUUAUCGAGGUGGUAUUUAAAGUACUCCACAAAAUUGCGAUGGGUAUUCAGAACGGCGAGCGAAUCAAGCUAUUCACGACGGAUGAAGAUUUCGAUAUGAGCAUCACCGUAGAUGAUGUUCGGGAGCAGAAUUCGUCGAUGGAGCUCACCUAUCAAACUUCCGAAACAAUUGCCAACUGUCAGUCUGCGAUUCGUCUGUGUGCCAAAACGGUGGCGAUGCAUUUGAUCACCAAUCUGGGUCAUUUCCCUAUGGGCAUUGGAGCAACCCGACUCAGCUCGAUGGUUGAUGAACAGGAUGAUCUGAUCGGCAACAGCAUUAGUACAUUACAGCGGGAAAAUUCGCUUGGUAACCGAGAUUCGAUGGACCUGGGAGCUUCACAGGUAUUGGCUUCCCCGAACCUUCAGCUACUGAUGUUAAGUCCAGAAUUGGUGGCAAGUUUCAUCGAAUUAUCCGCCCUAAAGUUGCCAGGAGGAGGAGCUACAGCUGGUUUGAUAACGGCAAACAGGCAAGUGCGUUUGUUGCUAAGAGAUCUCAACGGUAAGGCCUGCUGGGAUGCAUCGAUACUUUACAAAGAGCCAAGUCUCAGUAGCAGCGAAGACACCAGCCGACAGUUGAAAGAAUCAUCACCAAAUAGUGAAAGACCCAGUUCAGCUUUUCAAUUCCGAACGGACGGAGGUUUUUCCCGAAUUAUGACCGGGGCAGUCGCUUCGAUUGAUCCCAUGAUGUCGACGAUCGGGCUACCGAUAGCACCGCUGCGGCACACUCUUCGUCACAGACCUGUUCAUCAGCUGCCAGUGGCUAAGGAUCUUGCACCAGACCUUGACCAAUUGGACGAUCUGUUGCAGUAUAUUGGCUACACCAGUCCGGAAUGUUUGGAUGCCUGUGGGGUACCACUGAAUACAGCAGGUCCAUCUCCGCUGGGUGCACCUCUGGAAGCUCAAACAAUUUCCAUUAUUCUAAACCAGCGAGCUCUUGAAACGGAGUAUAUUGUAAGACAAAAUGCUGCGGUAGGCCUUCUGAGUGAAUCACCAGCCUACAACGUUGGAGGUUCCGUAGCUUAUGCAUCCUUUAUUGACGAUAAUGUCCCGACAGCCGCACAGUUCGUUACUAGCGGAAUAAUGACGAGCAGGUUCAACACUUCCUCUACUGUGGAACGACUAACAAGCUCGAAUAGCGAAACGAAAUCAUUCCAGUUUGGUCGAAUACUUUUCAGCCAACUUGGUCUCGCUGGUUGGGAACGACGUAAACGUACGCACUUGUUGCAACGUACGGAUAAGCUGUUACGAGAGCUACGAAAUCUUGACAAUCAGAAAUGUCGCGAAACGCACAAAAUGGCCGUCAUCUAUGUUGCCAAUGGGCAGGAAGAUAAGGGUAGCAUUCUGAGAAAUUCAUGCGGAAGUAGCACUUAUGAAAUGUUCGUUUCGGCACUCGGUUGGGAAGUGGAGCUGGAGUCGCAUAACGGAUUCUUGGGAGGUCUACCGAGACAAGGCUGCGGUCAAACCGCUCCGUAUUAUGCGACUCCCUUUCUGGAGGUUAUCUAUCAUGUUUCGACCCGAAUGCCAUCCGAUAGUUCUGAGGCUAUUCUGAAUAAAACUCGCCAUCUGGGCAACGACGAAGUUCACAUUGUGUGGAGUGAACACAACCGCGACUACAGACGGGACAUUCUACCAACGGAGUUCUGUGACGUACUGAUUGUGAUCUAUCCGAUGAGAAGUGGACUAUUUCGGGUGACGAUCAACAAGAAACCAGACGUACCAUGGUUUGGACCUUUGUCCGACGAAAUGGUAGUGGGGGGAUCGUGCUUGGCUAGUUUAGUUCGAGCGUCCGCCAUCAAUGCGAGCCGGGCCAAGAGAACUUCGCUGCCGCUGUAUCAACAAUACUACGAGGAGCGUAACCGUUCGCUGGAAACGGUGGCGAUGCGGCAUCGUGAGAGCAACACCUUCGAAGAUUUCACCGCCCGAAUUUUUAGCCCCAUUCCUCCGAAGAACACUGUUACUGGGGGCGCGAAUGUGAGCUCACCCGGAAUUACUGGCGGAGCACCGCUGGCAGCUGCACUCAUCGAUCAUCACAGCCGGACCACGUCCAAGACUUGGAUCCACCAUCCGGAAAUCGUAGCGACCGCUCGUGAGGUCACUCAGCAAACGGUGAUGGCUUCGGUUUCGUUGGACCAGCCCUCGCCACGUCCGCUGCGCAAGCUGCACCAUCCUUUCAAGCCUGCGGUCACAAAACCACCCAAAACAGCGCCACCGCCUGUACCGUCGACAAUCGGUCUACAGACUGCUGCUGUUGCUGCAGUAGCUCAUCAUCCGUUCGGUGGUACCUCCGGUACACCACCCGACAGUCCCACCCUGCCCGGUCGGUCCAAGUUCAAAUGAGACUGGUGGUAGCUUCUGGCUAGUACUAGCAGCAGUGAAGAAGAUCUGUACAUCGCCACGGAGCACCAAAAGAAGCAGCAUUCGCCACCGCUUCGAAGUCCGCUUAUGGAAAAGGUGGGCAUUUCCGUUUGCUUUUGCGGCAAGUAAGCUCUGCGGAGCAUUUGCAAACGAAAACGUUUAACUUUUUCCCCAACUCCCGUAGAUGACGCAAUCUUACAAGCGAUAAAAAGAUAUAGCUUUAACGAAGGAAAUUAACUCUUGCUGACAAGGGCAGCACGGGAAACUAAAUCAAAACAAGUAUCAAUACUUACACAAUUGUGAGAAUUAGAGCGUCCAAUAUUUUUUUUUAUUAUUCACUUAUUUAUCAUUCUUGUUUGAUUUUAUUACUUGCGUUAAAAUUCUGUUGUAUUUAAUUUUAAUAUCAAAAUCGGCAGCACACGUAUCUCGGUCCGUUUUGAACCACAUCAUAUAAUGAUAACCUAGAACCGUACCGUUGCGGUCAAAAAUACUUUUACGUUAUUCUCUCCACUCUUUCGAAGUAUUAUUCAAAGUUAGUGUAAGCAGUUGAGUUAACUUAUUGUUUGACAAAGUCCCACGAGCUUGACAUACCUAAUAUAUUAACGCGAAGGAAGGAGGUUUAUGAGAACGAUUUGUUGGUUGUUGCGAAACAAAGGCAGGAUUGAAAAUACUGUUCUCGUGUCUCAAUUCCCGAUUGCAUUCGUUAUUUAUUAUUAAUAGAACUAAAUUAUAACAGAAGUAGAAAUGUGUCCUUUCCCUUAUACCUUUUCUAUAGUGUAAAGCUGUGAGGAAGCACGUAGAUAAGAACAAUUAAUAUACGCAAACACUUGAAAUAGGAAUGAGAACUACGACUAAUAUUUAAACAUGGGAAUGGUGACAGGAUAGAAUUAAGUAUGUAACAACAGCAUUUUUUGAUAUAAAGAAUCGGUAGGUAGGAGAAGUAAUGAGCUCGAAUUGGCGAUUUUUUACAAGUUGGAUCACGAACAGAGCAAAAAUACGAAAUGCUAAUACAGUUAAACGAUGUAAUAGUGGCUAACAGCCUAACAAGUUGACAAAUUUUUCUAAUCAGUUUUGUUUAGAACAAGAAGAAGAAAAAAAAAACCUGUAGUGGUCAAAGACGUUCGCUCUUAAUACAUUUCCUGAUCCUUACUAUUCAAAUAAAAUCAAAAAUUAUCAUACUAAUGAAGAAACCCGUUAUGGAGUUACUUAUUAA